AUGUGGAUAGUUGGGACAUCAAAUGAAUUUCUGUACCAGAUAACUGUUGUAUUUCUAGCUUUCAGGACUGUAUUCGGUGUACUUAACAAAUAGAUAAGAUUUUGCCGUUGUCUGUUCAGAUAUAUAGAUACACAGUAUGACGUCAUAAUGUGGGAAGCACAGAAAAGUGGCUCACGAGCCGCCGAGGCGAGUGUAUCUAUAACUGAACAGACAACGGCAAAAUCGUAUCUAUUUGUUUUAUAUAAUAAAAAACCCAGGGUAAAUAGCUUUUUUAUCCUGCUACCUACGCCUCUGUCUUUGUAACAUAUCAGUUGGUGUUGAUUUAACGAUUGGGUUUAAUGAAAGGCGUGAGUGGACAGAGGGGUUAACAGUGAAAACAUAUCUAAUUGCCUGACCCUGUUGCUAAAUCGCCGCCUUGAUAUGUCGGUGGGGUAAGUUUCAGUGUAGUACUCGGUGUUCAAUAUACAGUCAGAAGAUUUUCCGUGCUGUUACUCCCAGGAAAACCGGCGAAGUUGUUAAUGGUAGACUAUAUGCAUCGUCUGGUUGUCUGAGACUGGAAUUUAUUCAAAAGUGAAAGGCCCAAGUCUGCCAUAUACAUGUGCCUGCCUUGUUUGUAGAAAGAAAUCAAAGUUCGGUUGUCAGGAGGUCUGUUAUUUUGUAUUCAGAGCUCUAGUCGAGUUUAAAGCCCGUUUUCCACUUCAGCCGUACCGUAGCAUUUUUCUUAGUUUGACUGUAGUGCCCAGGAAACAACGAAAUAUGUUUCGGUACUGUACGAUUGAAGUGGAAAACGGCCUUAAGUUCCAGGUCAAGUUGCUAUAAAUGAGGAAGACAAAUGUUGCAACUAAAGAGGAAAGGAUGCAAAAAUUAUUGCGCAGGCCUUUGUAAUGUGAUGCUAUAGUUCCAGCACAGUGAACUCAUCAGGGCCCAACCUGUCAUAUAUGUAAUUGAUAAAUCUCGUAUAAUAGCGGAGAAGCAUUUUUGGAACAUAUUGACGUUGAAAAUAUGGAAUUUAGCAUCUUCGACUCCUGAUUCCACUUAAUUCGCAGCACAAAUCUAUGCUGCUGUAUUUGCGCUUAUUUGUCCAGUCCUCGCAAUUUAACAAAACUCGUAGCCCACGUGCAGGCCCAAGGGAACUGAUAGUGGGCCUGCAAGCAAGGCCAGACAAUUGUCAAAAAAGAACCAAUGACAGCACCCAAGUAUUAACAAACAAACUCGCAUUAAAAUGUUGCGGGGUUCUCUGCUUAUUCAGAACAUAAACAAUGUGUAAAUGGCAGCGUUCUAACUCCAAAAAAGCAAGCAACGCAGUCGGUAAUUACCAAAUUUGCAAGUGCUCAUUUUCAACUAAAAUCGGAACAGGCAAAUUAGGACGAAUUUCAACAGAAAACCAGUCUCAAACUUCAAAUCGUGAGGGAAGUCGUGCGACCACAUUAGCAUUUAUAUUAUGUGUGCUUCGCUGUCGCCAUUGGCAUUGUUAUAAAUAAAUUGCCUCACUUAUCAGAUCGUGUGUGCAAUUCUUGUUGGCGGCGGAAAGUACGAAAUUUAUUUCAGUUAUUUCAUUUGGUAAAGAACUCUACAAAAGAAGAGAGCGUUCAGAGUCCAGAUCGUUUCGUUUCAAACGGCAAUUUAAUACCGUCUUCUGUUUCGCUCUCUCAGCGAAGCCUUGUAAAUCGCAAAGUGUUUCGAAUAGGCUUACAUGCAACUGCAUCUCAACUUCAACCAAAAGAUAAUUUUCUUGAGGAACAUAUAACGUAUCAAGUCUGUUUGAAAUUAAUUAAUGAAACUCGAGUAAAGGUUACUAUAGUUUUAUAGCCCAGUCGUAAUGUUGCUAUUCCAACACCUCACGAUAAGCAAUCCCCAUUGGCAUAACGGCAAAAACAUCUCUUCCUUCAAGUAAACAAUAAACAGUCUGUUCUUGUUCCAUUUAUAAUCGAAAAAAGUGAUCAAUUUUCGAAUUUUGAGCUUAUCGAGAGCCUUUGUGUUGAAUCACUGACCUAAUUAUAGAAUCCAACAGCAAACAGCCAAUCAGAAUGCCGCGUUCGUGGGCGAAUGCGGAAAGUACAAAAUACCGGGCCUUGCUUGCAGGCCCACUAUCAGCUCCCUUGGGCCUGCAUGCGGGUUACAAAACUCGUCGUAGGCAAAACAUUACCGGAGGCAUUUUUUCCGAAAAUGAUAAUUUGAAGAUGUAUAUGAAUAGCUGAGAAUAGUUAUUUGAAUGUGAAACCUGACUAUAUAAUAUUCAUCUGUGGAAUGACAUGAAAUUUCAUUUUUGGCAGCAUUAUCGACGACAAUUGUCGUUUGCUGUUGAAGAUUGCGAGGACUGUUUGUAUAUAUAUAGUAUUGUUUUAUUGGGCUGUUUACACAGCAAGUGUUACAAGAUUAGACCGUAAAUCUAUUCAGGUAAUGAAAUUGCAGUCAAAAUGUGAAUGUUGGCAACUUUCACCGACUCAGUUUAAUAAUGCACGUUCUUAGUUGUGUCAUAUUGUUACAGCUGCAUAUAAACACGCUGAUGGCAAGAAGAUUGAUGGUCGACGUAUCGUCGUAGACGUUGAACGAGGAAGAACUGUCAAGAAUUGGAAACCACGACGUUUAGGUAAGAUUUAAAAAAAAUCUUUCAUGCGGCAAAGCCCCGCCUAAAAGAACCAGUGGGUUAAGACUUAAGAACCAGCAGCCUGAAAUUUGGGCAAUUAAGUACCCAAAAUACAAGAACCACUUCAGGCUGACAAAUGAAACUGGUUCUUAAAACACCUUAUUAAACUUUUAGCUGGGUAAGCAGGUGCUAGGAAGAAAAUACUGUAAUCUUGCUAGCAUGAAUUAUGUCUUUCAUCCACAUCAUGCACGUAUUUAUUUUAUCAAAAUGCAAUCAAUUCACAACAUGAUUCAACUUGCAUAGCUAUAUUCAAAAAAUUUACAUCUUGCAUGAUGGCUCUUUGUGUUCACUCACUUCCAUUACAAAAUGUUGCGUUUACUAGUUUCAUUGUAUACAAUAAGAGGUUUAAAACUCUAAACCAUGCAGGCACGAUUGUUUUUGACUUGGCUUCACUGUAUUUUUAGUAGUUCGGUAUAUCGAUGAAGAUAAACUCCUAAUAACACACCCCCCCCGCCCCCAAUAAUACUCGAAAGCCUUUAAACGAUGCCUGAUUAACUGUAUAAUAAAAACUGUGCUUUUAAAGUGGUACGCUAUUCCCCGGUACAUAAACUCCGGCAGCACUUAUUUGUGCUGCGAACUACUGUCGGACAUCAUAAAAAAACCUGAAUCCAUCGACGAAAAAAGUAAAUACUCGCACUGAUACUGCAUAGGCUUGCCACAAACAUAGUACGAAAUGUUCAUGCGAACUGCGAAGCACGGGCUUUAGGACAAAUUCAAUUCGACAACAAUAGUAUUCUAUCUAAAUAGCAGUUAAAAUAAAGUGUACGGCACCUGAACUGUUCAAUAUCUUGCUUCUGUAUCCAAAAACAUUUACAUAGUGCAAAUACUGUAUAUUUUUAAAAUCCGCCAUAUUUAUUUACAUUAGAACCCAAGCUUUCACGGUUCACACGAAAUAUUACGUCGUUCAUCUGGUGAUAAUAAGAGGGUAGGAUCAUCCAAUUAUUUAAUCGUUCGAAGCGCGAGGAAAGCAUCACUUCCAUAUAUGGCACAAACGUGUCCCCAACUUCCUUAUAUGUCACAAACGUGUCCCCAAAAUCAGUUUAUCGAAGUCAUUAUGAUGUCAUAAGAUUUCUCCCGCUCGGAACGAUUUGAACAGGUCACGUGGUACAGAACCCAGACAGCUGAUUGGGUUAGCGAGUGACAACGCCCACUUUAAUCCUACCCUCUUAUUAUUAGUGAAAAUCACCGACGUUAAUAUUUCGUGUGAACCGCGAAAGCUUGGGUUCUAAUGUAAAUAAAUAUGGCGGAUUUUGAAAAUAUACAGUAUUUGCAUAAAUGUAAAUGUUUUCUGGAUAUAGAAGCAAGAUAUUGAACAGUUCAGGUGCCGUACACUUUAUUUUAACUGCUAUUUAGAUAGAAUACUAUUGUUGUCGAAUUGAAUUUGUCCUAGAGCCGUGUGCGAAGUGUUGAAAGGUAAAACAAAGAUGGUGCUUCCACUUUGAAAUGUGAAAUUUUCAUUAAAUUUCGAAUUUUCGCGAAUUUGUCGGAGCUGGAAAUUUCUUCCCGGAGCUGGAGGCGAAAAACCCCGGAGUUUGCACAGCACCAAUUCAGAGACGGCCGCAAUAAAGCAACCGACGUAUUGGAUCUCUAACAAUUCAAGACCGAAUCCUCGCCGCAAAACUACGGGUAGUUUCUGAGACGAAAGUUCUGAAACCGCAAUCCCAGGGUGUCUGUCGUUUUUGAAAAAGCUGCAUAGCUUACCUGCCAUUCAAGAGACACUCGUGUAUCUAAACGGAGGAGUUCAGGUCGAUAUUGAAUAAAGCGGAACGAGUGGGAAUGUCAGGUCACUUGGGUUUUAUUCACCAAAGCUUUUUGCUCGUGCUGUCAUUUGUCAAGAGAAAUGUUAAGUAAAUCUACUCCUUCAUGUAGGAAAUCAUAGCUGCUGUGCAGACAUUAGCGUGAAAGUAAUAAUAAUAAUAUUUAAAAUUUAUAUAGCGCGAAAUACAUAUGUAUUGCAUUUAUAGAUACAUCGCCGUCCUUCAGUUCAGCCGCAGUCGAGAGGACGGCGAUGUUACUGAUAUAAUAUGCUAUUGCAUCCGUAACAUCGCCGUCCUUCAGCUGAAGUCGAAAACCUUGUUCCAUAAUAAAGCCACUGUUGAACCUUUACAGCAGAUGAGCGUGCCGUCUGUCGUAACACGCAUUAUGCUUGUCACAAUAGAAGACGUACUCAACUGCUAUACUCAAACAACAAAGUGAUACUGAAUUUAGACUAAACAGACAAUAUACUGUGAAAUUUCCAAGUAUUAUGGAAUCCACUGUAUAAUGUAUAUGAUGUAGUAUCUAAGGUAUAUUCGUCCUGUAACUUGACAUGAACUACCAUUAAUAUCUACGUUCACCGUAGAUACAGCCACGAUAUAUUCAAUACUUACCAAUUUGGAAGGUCAGGUGCAAGCUGUUGACGGAAAUAGACUGGGAAUACUUAUACUUAUUUGCUAUUAAAUUACUUAUUUGUUAUUUAAAAUCAUCGUAGUCAAUUUACUCGAUUCUGAUUGGUUAAAGACAGGGCACGGUACGGUCUGCGCAUGAGCACAUAGGAGUCUCCUGCCGUGAUAUAAACACUUUAAUUAGGUUUUUAUUUCAUUUUAUGUUCUUGUAAAGCCUGAUUGUUGUAUCUUGAUCAUUUAUACUGUAGAAGCAUGAAAACAUAAAUAAUUGUCGAAUAAAGUUCAAUAUUUUGAACAAAUGUAAACAGAGGCUUUGUUUACAUACGGACUGUACCCUACCUUUAAAAACCGUGCCGAUUAAACAUUGAUCGCAAAGGUGUGCCGAUUAAAGAUUAAUCGGCACGGAUACGAGCUCGCAGGUUAAUGGUUAUGUAAACAAAAAUUCUGUCUUUAAAAAAUUUUGUCAACAUUCAACGACGGAUUUUGAUGAAUUUUUUGACCUUGAAACUGACAAUUUGUUAGCUUCAUUAGACGAAAAUGAUUCUAAAAUUGCCAAUAAUGAAACUGGGGUCGUUCAAGAGUCGUCUAAGGAAAGGUUUCCUCGACCAACCGAAGAUAAAGUUGAAUCAUUUUACGCGAAAGCUAGUAGUCGCAAUACUUCAAGAACGACAAAAACAUGGUUAAAUACCUAUCAUUCUUGGGCUGAAACUCGCAACCAGAGACAGGACAUAACCUAUCUCCAGUAGACCUAAAUUCAUUCCUUGGCCAGUUUUACGCGGAUUUUAAAAAAGAAAAAACGGCGAAGAUUACGAACCGGAAAGUUUAGUUAAUGCAAGCAUCUUUAGACCAUCAUUUGAAAGAAAAGGGCUACACGUUAUCGAUAGUUCGCGACCCCCAGUUUUAUUCGUCGAACAAGAUACUAAAGGGAAAAGCGACGAAAUUACGUGAAGAAGGAAAGGGAAGUAGGCCAAAUGCUUCGAAUUAGAUACUUACCUGGCCAGAAGAAAUUGAGCUGUGGAAAGCUCGGAAACCCCGAAACGUUAAUCCAUACGGUUUGGUUCACUCGCUGGAAAGCGUAACAAACCACAGCGCUAGAAAACCGUUGUUAAAAAAGCUGGACGACGCAAAUGUUCCCCGAGCACAGAUCGACACGGUUACAGGUCAUCGAAACAAGAAAUCUCUGGACGACUAUGUAGAUUCAUUCUCCACCGUUCGCUCGAAGCAACUUUUAAAUAUCAGCGGUAGAGCAACUGUCACUAGCGUCGGCGAUGCAAGCAAAGUUGGUCCUCUACAAAUGCGAGAUAGAAACACCAGUGCCGUUCCUUCUACAUCCACACCUUCGAUAUUGGCUGAUCAACAACGGCAAUUCCCAGUUCUUAAUCUGGCAGAUAUGGCUCAAAAUGUGGAAAACUCCACGAUCGAUAUAACCAUGAAUACCAACAUGCGGUUGUCGAGCUCUAACCACAAGUUGGGUUAUGGGUAUAGCCCAUGGGUAUAACAACAACGGAGGUCAAAAUCAAUCAAAAUUUCUCGACGCUGGAAACGUCGACAGAUGACUUGUGUUGGGCCCAACACAUUUCCGAAAUAACUUCAAAAGCCAGUUGAACUUUAGGCUUGAUCAAGAGGAUAUGCACAGAUAUUAAAGACGUCCAUAUAAGAAAAGUUUUGUAUUAUUCUUUGAUAAGACUUCAGAUUGAAUAUGCUUGUGAACUCUGAUCUCCUGAACAAAAUAUGUAUAAGCGCCAUCCUAGAAAAUGUUCAACGUAGAGCAACUAAAUUUAUUCUUGCUUAUCCUCGACACUUAAGCUACCUGAUAGCAGACUAUCCCAGCUAAAACUGCUUCCAUUGGAAUAUCGUAGAUCAUGGAAGUAUCUCGGAAAAUGGACUCCUGAAGAUGUUACUAGAUCUUUCGAUAUUAACAAUCUCAUUGAGAUUAGAUAUAAGACUGAAUUUUAUAGACAUUCGUAUUUCCCUAGGGUGAUAAGGACUUGGAAUUUAAUGUCAUAUGAAAUUAAGAUUAGUGUAUUUAAUUAAGAGGAAAAUAAGAGCCAAACUUUUUAGCAAAUUGUCUAGUUAUAUACCCCCUUGACUUGAAAGCUCAAUUAUACUGUGACUUAGUUGUAUAGUUCAUUUUACAUUAUUCAUCAGACUUAAUAUUUUUUAUUUUCUGUAAUUUUUCAUGUAAUAUUACUUAGAGUAGAGGUAGGCAGAUUCAAUCGGGACUAUGCUCUGUCUGCCCAGCUAUCAUCUGUAAUUCUGUGAUAAAGCAAUUAAAACAAAACAAAUUCUGUUAUUUGAAGGAAAACCCCCUAUUGAUUCAAAAUUUCAACGACCAAUACUUACAAUUGUUAAAUAUGUUUAGGUGGUGGUCUUGGUGGAACGCGUAAUGGAAGCGCUGAUUUGAACGUAAGACAUUCAGGACGUGUUGAGAACUUUGAGAGGUAAGGUAGAUACAACACAAGCCAUCCAGUGUGGGCCCACUGAGCUCUUUGUAUAUCUGGAGCGAGAACCACAGUCCAAACAGUGAAGGCAAGAUGGCGGAAAUUGAUUGCACGUCAGUCCCUUUCUAUUGUUUUUGUCUGCGCGGUUAACACGAAGCCGGUGAGGAGUAUGCCGAAAUUUCGUAUUUUGACAUCGAUUUAAAGAAUGACACUACGGUUGUAUGAACUUGUUUUGCGAUACAGUCCGUUCGAAGAAAACUGAAUUAGCUGGGAAAAUUGAUAUAAAAGUUGUUUGCGACCCUUGCGAUAUUCCGCCACCUUGGCUUCACUUUUCUCAUAGGCCGAAUGACUCACCUUCUUGCUCCAGAUAUAUAUAGAGAUCACUGCAUUGGUAUAUGAAGCAGUUAUGUUUGAGUUGUAAAUUUUGGGCAUUGUUUAUUUGUUUUAAGUAUUAACUUUUGAGCUAGUGUAUUUAUUGCGAUUAAAAGUGAAAAACGUUAAAUAGGAUGGGGAAUCUUCAGUGCGAUAAUAAGGCCUUACGCAUGUACGAUGGCAACGCGACAACGACAGACAAAACAAACUUGUUCAAAUAAGUUAUUGUGAAGGAAAGUUAUUGUGUAUUGUCUACUGUAUUUAAUACAGUUUGAGGAGAUUAAAACAAAGGCUUUUCUGUUAAAAACAUUUUUGCUGGGCAAAUUUAUAGUACCACUUGUCGCGGUUUGAAAUAUUUGUGUUGUACAAGGGGUGGGAAAUAUCUGGUUUGCCGCUGUAAAAAGCGCUAAGACAACGCCUCUAACUCCCGUGGGGCUUGAAUUAUUCGUUUCUUUCCUACGAAAUUGGGAAUAUCGUUGUGCGAGUAGCCGUCUUCGUCGUCUUGCUGUCCAGCUUGCUUAAGGUCCCUAAUAAAUCGGACAAUUAUUCAGACCAUAAGCUUAUGAUUUAGGAUUUUAAUACAAAAACAAAAUUUCGGACUGUCAUUCCAUCAUCUGGUAAAUUUUGUCUUAUUGACACAUUGGGGAUACAUAAAACACAAGAUUCAAAUACAAACAAUUUGAGAAUAAAACUAUUUGCAUUUUUCACCAGGGAUCGUGAACGAGAAGAACGUGAUCGUGGUGGAGAUUUUCGUGAUCGUCAAAGACGUGAUCGCGGUCGUGAGGGUGGUCGUGAAGGUGCUCGUGAGGGUGCUCGUGAGGGUGCUCGUGAGGGCGGUCGUGAGGGCGGUCGUGAGGGUGCUCGUGACAGGGAUAGAGAACGUGACAGAGAUCGACGUAGAGAUAGAGAUCGUGAAGGGCGUGAGCGUGGUGAUCGUGAGCGUGGUGAUCGUGAGCGUGGUGACCGUGAGCGUGGUGACCGUGAGCGUGGUGACCGUGAGCGCAGUGACCGUUCUGAUAGAGACCGUGAUAGAGACAGGUAAUAGUUUAUAUCGUCAUCAUUAUAUCGUCAUAAUCACUUUUCUCCAAAUCAUUAUCGUCAUCAUUAUCUUCAUCAUCUGAAUGUAAAUAUAGGUUAUCAUAUAAGGGAUGAGGUGAUAUCAGUUUUAUCGCUCGAGGGAUGAUAUCACAAUUGUCACGAGCGAGCGCAGCCAGCGAGGGACAAUUGUGAUAUCGUCCCGAGAGCGAUAAAACUGAUAUCACCGAAUCCCGAGUACGAUAACCUAUUUAUUAUAUACUUGUACCUUUAUCAGGGUUUGACACCCAAUUAAAGUAAACAGUUUUGAUUUUUGAAAAAAUAGGAUCAUUUUAGAAUUCAAAACAAUUCAUCAUUUACUGAACAAAUAUGAUUUUAGAAAAUAAAUAGACCAUUCAUAUAAAUAAUAUACAAUUUAAGUCUUUCAUUUUGUAUUAUCGUUCUUGUUUUCUUCGAUAAACUCUCGACAUCAACAAACAUGAACCUCGAAUCGGCCAUCUUUGUUUUGACAAGUCGCGAAAUUUAGCGGGACAAAAAACGAUAUUCGGGACAAAAAACGAUAUCCGGGACGAUAUCGUUUUUAUGUCCCGCUGCUUCCUACCUGAUAAAGGUACAAGUAUGUGAUAAAUCUCAUUUAUUAAAUACUACAUCAAGCAGCAGUUCACCGUUAAAAAUUGAUUUAUUUUAUUAUUUCUGAAUACAUAUUUUUGAUUGUUUAAAGGAUGAGAGUUGCAACUUUCGCUGGUGCUUUACCAACUAUCAUCGACUCUCGUCAACCUUUGAGCUAGUUCAAAUCUUGAUGACCGUUUUUGUCGUAAUAAUAUCCAGUCCGCUCUCAUGCAAUUCUUGUUUGACCAGGGCUUGAGAGUUUGGAAAACUAGUGCCAACUCUCAUCAACUCUCGUCUUUAUUUGACCAGGGCUUGAGAGUUUGGAAAACUAGUGCCAACUCUCAUCAACUCCCAUCUUUAUUUGACCAGGGCUUGAGAGUUUGGAAAACUAGUGCCAACUCUCAUCAACUCCCAUCUUUGUUUGACCAGGGCAUGAUCAUCUGUAAAUAUCAAGCAGCAUCAGAGUAGCAAAACAACAACUGCAGAUAAACUAACCAGACAGCCGCAGAUUAAUAGAGAUACAACUACCUGAAAAGUAUAAGCAGAACUUCGGCGUUUCCCGUUCGGGUUCCUGUUCCACACUACUGACCUCCUGACGAAGAGCCUUCAACUCGAAACGUCGUAGUUGUGCUUGUAUUUUGCAGGUAUAGUUGUAUCUCUCUCAAUCUGCAGCAGUCAUGUUAUCGUCGCUACCUGCACUGACACAGACAGUUCGAGAUUAUAAGAAAGACUAACCCAUUGAACAUUCUUAGGGACCGUGACCGACGUCGUGAUCGUGACAGCGAUCGCAACCGUGAAGGCGAGCGUGAACGCGAUGGUGAGCGUGAAACACGAGAAGGCGAACGUGAAACACGCGAAGGCGAUCGUGAAACACGCGAAGGUGAACGUGGUGGCGAAAAACGUGAGGGAGAUCGUGAUGGUGAAACGGGGGAGAAACGUGAACGUGAGGAGGGAGAUCGUGAAGGUGAACGUGAAAAGUAUCGUGAUGGAGAGCGUGAACGUGAUGGAGACCGUGAUCGUGAUCGAGAGCGUGAUGGACAGCGUGAUCGAGAGCGUGAUCGUGAUGGAGAGCGUGAGCGAGAGCGUGAUCGUGAUGGAGAGCGUGAUGGAGAGCGUGAGCGUGAUGGAGAGCGUGAUCGAGAGCGUGGUGGUGAGCGUGAUCGGGAACGUGAUCGUGAUGGAGAGCGUGAUCGAGAGCGUGAUGGACAGCGUGAUCGAGAGCGUGAUCGUGAUGGAGAGCGUGAUCGUGAUGGAGAGCGUGAUCGAGAGCGUGAUGAUGAGAGCGUGAUCGAGAGCGUGAGCGUGAUGGAGAGCGUGAGCGUGAUGGAGAGCGUGAGCGUGGUGGUGAGCGUGAUCGGGAACGUGAUCGUGAUGGAGAGCGUGAUCGAGAGCGUGAUGGGGAUCGUGAUCGUGAUGGAGAGCGUGAUGGGGAACGUGAUCGCGAUAGAGAUCGUGACAGGGAGCGUGAUCGUUCUGAUCGUGAGCGUCGUGAUCGUUACAAACGUGAACGUGAUGAAGAUGAUGAACGUAAUGGUGAAAGAAAGGAAGAUGAAAUCAAGAAGAUAA